AUGGCUUCAACCCCUGCAUCUACUGCCCCAACAACAACUACAGCACCAACAACCACUACUGCAGCAACAACAACUACAACUGCUCCAACAACAACCGCAACCAUGGCUUCAACCACUACAUCUACUGUCCCCACAACAACUACAGGACCAACGACCACUACUGAAGCAACAGCAACAACAACUGCUCCACCAACAACCACAACUAUGGUUUCAACCCCUACAUCUACUGCCCCCACAACAACUGCAGCACCAACAACGACUACUGAAGCAACAACAACAACUACUGUAGCAACAACGACAACUUCACCACCAACAACAACUGCUCCACCAACAACCACAACCAUGGCUUCAACCACUACAUCUACUGCCCCCACAACAACUACAGCACCAACAACCACAACAACCACUACUGCAGCAACAACAACCACAACAACUACAGCACCAACAACUACAACUACUCCACCAACAACCACAACCAUGGCUUCAACCACUAAAUCUACUGCCCCCACAACAACUGCAGCACCAACAACGACUACUGAAGCAACAACAACAACUACUGUAGCAACAACGACAACUUCACCACCAACAACAACUGCUCCACCAACAACCACAACCAUGGCUUCAACCACUACAUCUACUGCCCCCACAACAACUACAGCAUCAACAACCACACAAAAAACCACUAAUGCAGCAACAACAACUACAACUGCUCCACCAACAACCACAACCAUGGCUUCAACCACUGCAUCUACUGCCCCAACAACAACUGCAGCACCAACAACCACUACUGAAGCAACAGCAACCACAACUGCUCCACCAACAACCACAACUAUGGUUUCAACCACUACAUCUACUGCCCCCACAACAACUGCAGCACCAACAAUGACUACUGAAGCAACAACAACUACUACUGUAGCAACAACGACAACUUCACCACCAACAACAACUGCUCCACCAACAACCACAACCAUGGCUUCAACCACUACAUCUACUGCCCCAACAACAACUGCAGCACCAACAACCACUACUGCAGCAACAACAACUACAACUGCUCCAACAACAACCACAACUAUGGCGUCAACCUCUACAUCUACUGUCCCCACAACAACUACAGCAAACGACCACUACUGAAGAAACAGCAACAACAACUGCUCCACCAACAACCACAACUAUGGUUUCAGCCACUACAUCUACUGCCCCCACAAC